AUGUAUGGGCAAGUGGUGGAAUCGUAUCAGUUUGAUGACGUAGCGGCGUCAGAAAAGCCUAAGUACAGUCAAUUGGAGGUACUGAGUGCGCUUACAGCAGUUCUCAGCGUUCUACUUUUAUUAUGUGGGUUAUGUCGGCUUGGUUACCUUGAUAAAGUUUUCAGCCGUGCCCUCUUGAAGGGGUUCAUCGGCGCCAUGGGGGUCAUAAUGAUUGUCAAUCAACUUCCUAUAGAGUUGGGGCUUGAGCCAUAUAUGAGUGAGCACCCUCAACAUCUGAUUUUCGCUAAGAUGCAUUUCAUAUGGGACUACGCUGGUAAAGCCCACAAGCUUACAUGCUUGAUUCUGGUCGUAACCUUACUUUUGGUUCUUCUAGUCAAACGGGUGAAGUCACGUAUAGAUCUGUCACAAGGUUCCCCCCUGUUGAAAAAAGCGGUGACGGUGUUUCCCGAGCUUCUCAUCAUGGUUGUGGUUCUGACGUUGCUUUCAUGGAGAUUCAACUGGCAUGGAAAAGGCGUCAGUGUCAUCGGCAAAAUUUCCCUUGACCUGGUCCAGUUUCAAAAUAUAUUUGCCCCACUGAAAAAGGACUUGUACCUGAAGGUGUUCACCACUAGUGUUUUGGUGACAAUCCUCGGAUUCUUUGACCUGACGACGGCUACACGUACGUUAGAAUCGAAGUAUGAUUUGCAUGUUCUGCUGAAUCGUGAGCUCAUUGCGUUGGGAGCGGUGAAUUUGGCCACUUCGCUUGUGGCAGGAUUACCAUCAUUUGGAGCAUUUGGCCGGUCCAAAAUUUCAAAAGCUGCUGGCGCUCUGAGCCCGAUGGCAGGCGUCAUAAUGCUGUGCCUGACAUUGACAGUGGCAAUGUUCGUGCUUGAAUUUUUAUUCUGGCUUCCUGAGUGUGUUCUCGCAUUAACGACUACCGUGAUAGGUAUAACCGUUUUGGAGGAAAUGCCGCACGACCUUAAAUUUUAUUGGAAUACAGGAGGCUACGACGAAUUAGCGACGUUUGCCGCAGUCUUUUUUGUUACGUUAGGAUGGCUGGCACAAGCGGGAGUGUUUUUGGGGGUCGCCAUAGCGGUGAUCCGUGUAAUUAAAAUUGGCACUACCCUGAGAAUUCAAAUACUUGGCCGUAUUCCCAACACACCGGCAUUCAGAAACGCCGAUGAGUUAAUUGAAGAGCGGUUUGAGGGGUUGGGUGACGCUGAUGGCAUUAAUGAUCUAGCCGCCGAGCUAGAGCUGAUCGAAGGUACGCUUAUUGUAAAGAUACCCGAACCACUUACCUUUGCUAACGCAACUGAUUUGAGGAGUAAGUAUGCCCGCCUUCACAAAUAUCGCCUGCUUCUAGUGCACCCAUCACAACCUCAAGGGGCUCAAACGCCUCGAAAAGUGGUGAUCGACUGCAAGGGCAUGACCGCGGUUGACACUGCAGGCGUGCAAGCACUCAAGGAGCUCGUUGAGUCGACAAUGGUACGGGAUGGCCUGAAAUUGGUUUUCACGAGAGUCCCCCUUGGUCCUGUAAGAAAAAAGCUUGAAUCCAGUGGCAUAGUUGCCCUCAUUAACGAAUCAAUGGGCACGAUAAGUGGGGUAGAGAUGAGCUCAGGGCUCGGUCCUGGGUUCUAUAUGCUGAUCGAAGAUGGGCUUCAUGCACUAACAGGCGAUAUCGCCAGCACCCCCGUGGGCAACGAUGUGAAUACGGCGUAG